AAAACAUUCUAUCAACACAUUCACAUUGAAAUAUUUGCACAGCUUGUUCCCCUUGUGAGAGCGCUUACGCUUAUUUGUGUAUUAUCAUAAUUCAUGACUGAAAAUGAUGACGGUCGUAGUUAAGUCUUUAGUCUCUUGUACCAAUUGCCAGCAUGAAGGCUGGUUCGCAUUCCAAUCGAAAAUGUGGUAUCCUAAUUAUCAUUGCAGCAGUUGCAGCAAUAAAUCUUCUUGAUUCGCACAAAUGUCACGCUGUACCCAUUGUUGGCGGUCGCAUUGUUGCCAGCGAGGGCAGCAGCAUCUCCAAGUAUCCGUAUAUGGUGUCGCUGCAAGAUGCGCACUACGCAUAUGGCAACAAUAGAAAUGCGAGUCUAAAAUGGAUUUAUCAGCACUUUUGUGGUGGAAGUUUAAUAAGUGAACGCUGGAUACUAAGUGCUGCUCACUGCGUAUGGAGAAAAAACAUUCAUCAGAUUGUGGCCUUUAUUGGAUAUGAGAACAUUGAAAAUGUGCAUGAUCUUGAACCGUAUGGCGUGGAAAGAACUGAGUAUAUUUACUUUCAACCUUCCAACUACCGCAACGAUAUUGCUUUACUCCAAUUGGAUCGUGAAUUCAAAAGCCAACUCAGCAGCAAUUUACAAUACGCUCAGCUGCCGCCACAGGGCAUGAAACCGCACAGCAAUGAAUCGUGUCGCAUUAUUGGCUAUGGCGCCACACGGCAUGCAGGACCAUCGCAAAAGCAGCUCUUUGAGGCCGAGGUGCGUGUCAUUGGCCAUCAGCAGUGUCGCGACAUUAUUGGCCACAUUUGGGCGCCCAAGAAUGGCGGCAAUACGGUUUGUGCGCUGGGCAACAAUCAGGAUUCGUGCCAAGGCGAUUCGGGUGGACCGUUGAUAUGUCGGUAUGGUGAUGGCGGAGGUGAAUAUAUCUAUGGUCUGGUAUCGCAUGGUCUGACCUGUGGCAUCAAGGGAAUGCCCAGCAUCUAUACGGUGACGCGACCCUAUUACGAUUGGGUUCAGCUGUUGGUGCAAAAGACCUGGACAUGAUGAUGAUAAUGUAUGUAUAAAUGUAUGUAUAAUUUAUUUAUUAUACGUUAUCUCAAACAAAAAACAUUACACGAAUAUAAUAAUGUAUAUGCUACGACAAUGCAAGGAUUAUUAAAAAAUAAUAACAACAAGACAGAUACAGAUACAAAUAUGAAGAAACUUAGGUCUAGAGUACUGGUAGAUAAAUUACAAAUUACGCGGGGUCGUUGACGCUUCAAUUAAACUAACUUACAACUUAAGUGGAACCAUUUGUGUGUCGCGGUUCGCGGUUCGAUCUUACUGCUUUUCAGCCUUCACUUCGGUCGAUGAGGAGGCGGAAUCCUCCACCUUGUCCGACAAUUUCCCAGUGCCCGUCUCGGGCAAUGUAAGUGUUAGCAGACCUGCUACUAAAACGCAGCAGCCACAAAUCGUUGUUGGAAUGUACCAGCCCAAGGCACCGAGCACAUCGACGACAUAUGGCGCCGAUAUCGAACCGACAUGCGCCCACGUCGAACAAGUUCCCAAUGCCGAGUUGCGUAUCUCUGUGGGAUACAGUUCGGCGGUGUAGAGUGUGACCACCGAGUAAGUGGCACUGAUGCCAAAACGACCCAGCAGCGCAAAUAUCACAAUCCACGUGGUGUUGCCAGCGGGCACAGCGAGCACCAGGAGCAACGAGACUCCAGUCCACAUGAAGAGAAACAUCGUGGUGAUGCGACGUCCAGUGAAGCGCAGCAUAAACACGGGCACCAGAUACGAAGGAAUAUCCACCAAGCCGGUGGCUAUAAUAAACAGAUAGCGACUCACUUUCAUGUUGUCCGCAUUCAGAGCUAUAAAGAGGAAAGAAAUUAGUAAAGAGGAAGUCUUAUUUUAGACUGAUUUAAGCCUCACCUGUCACAUAGUAACUCAGCGAAGUAACGCAGAACAUAAAGUACGAUGUGAAGAUCAAUUUGCGCACUUUCGGGUUCGAGAAGAGCUCAAUGAUGGACUUGAGUGGACCGUUCUUUAGCUUCUGACCAAGUGAAUCAUUUGAAGUGGGUUCCAGCUACAAGAAAAAAAAAAAGUAUUUCCCAUUUAGUCCCAUACUUUCCACUUAGCAACAAAUGCAUCUUUCAAAAUUUUUUUUUUUUUGUCACUUUGUCACUCACUGUUUUCUUAUCGCUAACAAUUUCGGUGGCUGGGGCGAUUGCUGGCUGAACCUCAUAGUGACUGGGCUGCUUGAAGAGAAUCCGAUAGACGCGAUCGUAGCGCUUCUUGGUGAUCAACCAUCUUGGUGAUUCAUUCAUUAAGCUAAAGGCAGUAAAUAAGGCAGGAUUAGAGAAGGCUUUAUUAAGUUUGUUUGAAUUAAACUCACUAGCAGUUGAGUAUGAGCAGCAUCGAGGGUAUCGUGAGUGCCAGCUGCAGAUAGCGCCACGGUUGUAUCAGAUACCCUGUAAUCGCCAGCAUGAUCAUGCCCACAGGAUACGAGGCGGAGAAGGCAAUGGACAUCCACGAACGAUGCUUCAAACAAAUGUUUUCCACAACUGCAAA